AUGGCUAAUAGAUUGGGGAAGGUUUUGAUCAGUAUUAUCCAUAGCAGUCAAGAUGCUUUUGUGCCAGGAAAGAACAUACAUGACCAUAUCCUCAUCGCAUAUGAGUUGAUAAGAGGCUACAGUGCAACAAAUGGUGCCACUAAGUGUAUGCUCCAGAUGGAUUUGCAAAAAGCAUAUGACACAGUUGAGUGGAUAGCUUUGGAGAACAUAUUGAAGGAGCUCAACUUUCCUCAAAAGUUCAUCAAUUGGAUAAUGAUCACUAUCAAAGCAGUCUCUUAUAAGUUUCAAUUGAAUGACUCAUAUACUCAAUUGGUGGAUGCUAAUAGAGGCUUUAGGCAAGGGGGCCAUUUGUCUCCCUUAUUGUUUGUGACAGUCAUGAAGUAUUUUGAUAGACUUCUUCAAAAGCUAAAAGGAAAACCCAACCUCAAUUAUCAUUCAAAAUGUGAGAAGAUGGAUAUUAUAAACUUCAGCUUUGCUGAUGAUUUGCAAUUGUUUGCUAGAGGAGACUCUCAAUAUGUGGAAAUGUUGAUGGUUGUGUAUGAAGAGUUCUCUAAAUCCACAUAUUUGAGGAUAAAUCCAACCAAGUGA